UCCCCAGCAACACGAGUGUGACGAGGGAAAAAAAACCGUUAGAAAGUUUCUCACACUUGUGCCAGGCAGACAUCGUCAAUCAGAGCUCAAGAAUCUUAGUUGAAAUUUCGUAAAGUUUUAACUUGUUCUACUUCAGAAUUGUUUUCUUCUUACUUCAACACGAAGAAUCAAGUUCAUUUCCCAACAUUUUGAAGACUGCUUCCAAUUUAUCUUCCACAUAGCUGGGAUUUAUUCCUACUGAAUGUUUGUUUCUUCUAACGACAACAAGGAGAAUCAAGUACAUUUCCCACGGUAUUUGAAGACUGCUUCCAACUGAUCUUCCAUCUAGCUGGCAUUCGUUUUAUUUCCCGAUCAAAUUAGCAGAACAGUACUGACUACAGAGGGUCUGACCAACCCAAAGCAAAGAAGAACAUGGGUUUGAAAACGAAAGCAGAGGAAGAUGUUAUAUGUGAUGAACAUGCCCCUAAGAAAAGGAAGAUCAAUGAAAUGAUUGACUCUCUUCUGCUUGAAGUAGAAAACAAGAAUGUGGCUUACUUAAAGUAUUUUGUCGAACAAGACCAAACUGGCAACUUCCCGUUGAGUGAACAGUGGAGAUUGGUAUUCAUUCCUGCCCUAUCUGACACCACUAUUUCAGACCAGAUCUUUCAUAUCCUCAAGAAGAAGUACCCAGGCAUACUGCUUGUGAAAAAGGAAGAGUUGACAAAAAACCAAGAUUCUAUGAUUCUACCACGCAAGGCUGAUACAGAGCAGCUCAUUGAAGUACUGGAGCUGGUCGGCGCUGCGUGUGUUUUUUAUGGGAACCUUAGUGACAGAAAAUACGGCUGAAGCUACUGGUAUAAAGCCACGAAUUUGCGAGGAGGCAAUGCCAUUCCGAAGUCUACUCUUCCCCAAUCUGAAACCCAAAAGCUUGAUAUGAGGAAAAAACUUGAAUUCCAAACGGUUCAAGAACUGGAAGGAUUGCUUCGGCAGAGGCGAACGCACUGGGCGACUCAGGCCAUCUUCACUUGUCUACGUAUAUCGAAGAAGUGUGACUGCUAUCCGAAUAGAUUCAUCGUCUACAAUGUGUUCAAAUUCGCUCUUCAAGAAUGGGGGGAACGAAACUUGCCCCGUCGGCGCGCUUUCGCCACAUCCCUCCACAUUUUUGAGAUCUUUGGAGAAACAGAGUUUUUGGAUACUCUAGUAAAAAAUGAAACGAACUUGGAAGAUGUGGUCCAUUCAACGUUCACCGAAUUCUUCAACACCCUGAGGGACCCACAACGGAUUCCAACCGAACUGGCUACAGUAUUGACAUUCGACCACUUGAUGACUUCUCUGGUUUUCUCUUUCGUAUACCAGGUGAAAGUUCACGAUGACGCUCGAAAUGAUCAAAUCAAAACCAAAGAUUAUACGAUCAAAUCAAAAGCCGACAAGCUUGAAGAAAUUUCACAGCUGAUUCUUGUUAUUCUCAAACUGAUGGUGUCAAUUCCGAAAUCGAAGACUGAAAAGAAACAAUUGAAGAGGAAGCUAGCCAUCUACAUCAACAUUUUUGAACUGAAGCGGGUAUCACAAAAACCGAACCUCUUGCUUAGAGUAUGCACGUCGCACCAAGGAACACCCAACGAGUUCAAGCUGAUCAAGUUGUUGCUGAAAGCAGGAGCGGAUCCCAACGCUGUAGAUCAACAACGCUGCAGCCCUCUUCAUCUGCUGGCAAAAAGUGAACAUCUCUCCUCUCAUUCGUGGAGCGAUUUUUCUUACUCUACUCGUGCUGAAAACUUCACUGCCAUCGUUCGAGUUAUCUUUGAUGGAAGAUUCCAUCAAGAUCAAGUCAAUCUAAGUGGCCAAUCAGCAUUGGAGUGUCUAAAACCUCUUUCGAGCUAUCCUGAUGCUGAGUUAAGCCGACUGGUAGGCAAUUUCUCGCAGGGUGUUCGUCCGUUAUCUUGCCUCGCAGCGAAAGAAGUUCGAAGGAAUCAACUCCCCUGUGAAUGUUUACCUGUGACGCUUCAGUCUAUGGUUUUGCAGCACUAGUUCGUUUCGAGACUGCUGGAGCCUAGAAUUGUUUCCCUUUUUGGCAUCUACAUUUACCAUUCCGAAAUUUUUCGUAUUGUUUCUUGUCUUUCGUUUGCAUCGAAUAACAACCUUUGCUUGUGAAUAAAAAAACGAGUUAAUAACUUA